CGUUUUAAAAGAGCCAAUGCCUGCUUCAAAUAGUGUUAGUCAGUGUCCAUUUUCAAUGUAUGUGGCAGAGAAGUUAUCAAAAUUUCCACCAAGAACCAGAAUAGUUGCUGAAAAACGCAUCACAGAUAUAAUUUUUUAGCUGGAAAUAAAUGAAAUGAAUAGUUCGACAUCCCAUCCAACACUUUUUUAUUCAAAUCAUACAAAUGCAAAUCAAAACAUUGGUCAGCAAUUCACAGAAGAACGUCCGUAUGAAAUGCAGUUAAAUCCACAAGUGACUACAGAAACUGAAAUCCGCAUUCCAUUUUUAAGAAAUGCUGUGCAAUAUUAAGGAAGCUUUCUAUGUAUAGCAAAUAAUAAGUUCCAUGUUUAGUAUUCUACUGCUGCUAUUGUUGUAAUUGAGGAUGACAGAAUGAGGUAGAAAAAUUUUGUAUUUUACUUAAAAUAGAUGUGUUAUUUUUAAAAAAAUAGACAGCUUGCAACAUUUUCAUCAACUUCAUAUCAUGAUUUCAAUAUUUCAAGAUUUAUUUGGUACAACUCGAUAUAGUUAUCAAUAUUGCUACUCGAUAUAUUUAUCAAUAUUGCAAGGUUGCUAAUCGCAGAUUGCGAUCCUCUAGCGCCUAUCGACAAUGUCAACACAAAUUGUUACAAAAAAGAAAUAAACACAAAGCACGCUCGGAUACGAGUACUGUCAUCACAAGCUACGACCGCACAUUCUAGACUGGCAUCUUUGGUUUCAAACCUUGACUUCAUUCAUCUAAAACAUGUUUCUGAUCGUGAGAACUCUAAAAAACUAAGCCAUCAACAACGCACCCAAGACCGCAAGAUAUUUCGCCUUAGCACUGGACAGAUUAACACAAACCCAAUCAACCCUGAAGACGUGGUUUUCAAUUUCUCAAAUCGUUUCAUCACCCAAAAAGAAAAAGAAAUCCUUUCGAAGGGCCUCAACUUUGCUGUACCACCUGCCAAACUAAACUCGUGCACUUUCCGCACACCAUUUGAGAAAUUUUACAAUCGCCUUCAACAAGAACCCGUCCACACACCCUCUGGCUUUUUCUCUGACUCAAUUAAAGCUAAACUAAAGGACAUAGCUUACUCGGGUUUUCGCAGUUACAGCCGACCGAAUGCCUUAUACACGGAGAAUGAACUAAACGCGUUAAAUGAUCUGAGAAAUGACAACAGCAUUGUCAUCCUGAAACCGGAUAAAGGCAACGGAGUUGUUAUUCUGAAUAAAAACGACUACCACAAAAAGAUGAUGGAAAUUCUAACGGACACAUCGAAAUUCGAACUUCUAAAUGAUGAUGCCAUCAAAAUUACACUGAAACGCGAGAAUCAAGUAAAGACGUUGCUGAGAAAACUAAAGGCAGAAAAAUGCAUAAAUGAAAAAACAUACAACGAACUUUAUCCCACAGGUACACGUAUCGGCAUACUUUAUGGACUCCCUAAAAUUCAUAAAUCCUCCAUACCUCUAAGACCAAUCUUAUCUAGUAUUGACCACUACUCCUACAAGCUAGCCAAAUUCUUUAUUCCUCUCCUUACACCAAUCUCCGCCAACUCCCAUGUUAUCAAGGACUCUUUCUCUUUUGUCCAAGAUCUUUUACAAAGUGACAUUAACGCCAAUAACGUUGUGAUGGCGAGCUUUGAUGUUAAAUCAUUGUUCACCAACAUCCCAGUGGAUGAAACAAUCGCCAUAAUAACUAAUCACAUCUUCUCCAGUAACACGUCCUUUCAAGGCCUUGACAGUUCACAAUUCACUCAACUUCUCUCCCUCUCCGUCAAAAACUGUCAUUUCUUCUUUAACGGCCAAGUUUAUCAACAGAUUGAUGGUGUGGCUAUGGGCAGCCCCCUAGGCCCACUAUUUGCGAACAUAUUUAUGGCCUUCACUGAAAAUUCAUGGCUUCACAACUGUCCCUCCACCUUCAAACCCCUUCUUUACCAACGUUACGUUGAUGAUUGCUUUCUACUCUUCCGAUCAUUGGAUCACAUACCUCUUUUCCUUACCUAUCUCAACCACCAACAUCCUAACAUCUCCUUUACAUCUGAACUGGAAAAAGACAACACGCUCCCCUUUCUUGACGUAAAAAUAACUCGCUCAAACGGCAAGUUUUCCACCUCCGUGUAUCGUAAACCCACUUUCACUGGUCUCUUCACCAAUUUCCAUAGUUUCAUUCCCAUUCAAUACAAACGCUCCUUGAUCUCCUCUUUACUUCACAGAAUUUUCAACCUCUGCUCCAGCUAUGAACACUUUCAUACCGAACUAGAAGUCGUUAGAAAAAUGUUCACCUUAAACAACUUCCCUUCAUACAUAUUUGACAAUCAUGUUCACCGCUUCCUCAACAAUACAUUUGAACCCAAAGAUCUUAUUCACAUUGCUCCUAAGAAAAUCAUGUACUUCUGUCUCCCUUUCACUGGCCUACACUGUCUUCAGAUUCGCACUCUAAUCACUCGACUCUGCAAUGCUGCCUUUCCUCAUAUCAACGUUCGCUUUGUUUUUCGUUCAUCCAGGCGUCUCUCCUCUUUCUUUCCUUUUAAGGAUAGGGUUCCCAAGCUCCUGAGAUCUGGUGUUAUGUCUUAA